GAGGGUACGACCGCAGCGUCUGCAACGGUGGCGAUAUAAGUGCUGGCCACCAAACAUUUCCAAACGCACUCGCGUACCAAACACUCGAUCUAGUCGCUUAGGUGCUCCUCUUCACGCUAUCUCUUCUUUCUUUUUCUCUGUUUCUGUUAUCUGUUCUUAUUUAAUUUUUUUUUUCUAACUAGAGACGAUUUUAUAUUUUUCUACGUCCUAUAACCCAAGUUCGUGUGUGCGUGUAUAAUUUUUCGUCUGUCGGGCACCCUUGUCUUCUGACUGUUGCCCCCUUGACGUACCUAAAUUCUUACUUGUGGCGAUUAGUUCUCGAAUGAAGUUUGGCCAUGCCCCGGUGUUUGAUGCCGAAAAAGUGGAAAACGGCCGUGGCCAACGAAUGCUCCUGGGACUACGACAGGCGGCCAGUGUCGCCGACAAGUAAAGGUGGCACACUACAGUGGGAACCACCGGUGGCCGUAAUCCUUCAACAUCAUCACCAACCGGCGAUGCCACCACCGCCACCGCAUCAUCAUCACGCAUGGGGACCUUCGAGCCCACCAGCAGGAGCUACAGCACCAAGUCCACCUCCUUGUUGUACAGGCACAGCUUUUCACUACCUAACAGAGUAUGCGGGAAGUGUAAAAAAUGAAUAUUCGACAUUAACCGACGCACAAACUCCAUCUCCAGCUGAAGUGCCGCCUUCCCAAGACUCUCCUGUCGCCAUCGCUGGUACUCCAGCUCCACCGCCUCUCUUGACUGUUUUCCAAUACCAAAGACCGCGCACUUACACCAGUACGGGGAUAGCGUUAUCUCUACCGCCCAAGAAAAAAGACAUUUACCGGCCAUAUUCUUUGGACGAUCACAAGCCUAAAUGGUCCAGACCCGAAGAAGACAUAAACGCUGCGCAAGCCAUACUUGACCUGAGCGCGUCCACUCCGCCAUCCGUGAAUAGUCAACAGCAACGAACCACCGUGACGGCUGUAAUACCGCAGGCUCCGCUGCCGCAAGCACAGCCACUGCCACAACCACAGCUCCAGCCGACGUCGGAUCCGCCAGCGCCCCAAAGGACAACGACCACUACGGGCAAAACCGUUGCAUACACAUACGAGGCGUUUUUCGUCAGCGACGGUCGGUCUAAACGCAAGUCCUCUGUAUCCGGCGACGAGUGCGGCGUGGAAAAGACCAAUUCUGUGGCGACCAGCGCAGGUACAAAUGCCGCGGCCGUCGGAGGUCGAUCAAAGUACACGUGUUCCGAGUGCGGCAAGCGGUACGCCACGUCGUCCAACCUGUCGAGGCACAAGCAGACGCAUCGCAGUCUAGACUCUCAGUCGGCCAAGCGCUGCAACGUGUGUGGUAAACCCUACGUCAGCAUGCCGGCGUUGGCCAUGCACCAACUCACCCAUAAAUUGACGCACGCUUGUGAUGUUUGUGGCAAAAUGUUCAGUCGGCCUUGGCUGUUGCAGGGCCACCUUCGGUCGCACACCGGCGAGAAGCCUUACGGUUGCGCACACUGUGGCAAAGCGUUCGCCGACAGGUCCAACCUGAGGGCUCACAUGCAAACGCACUCGGGCGACAAAAACUUUGCGUGUCCCCGAUGUUUCAAGUCGUUUGCCCUAAAGUCGUACCUCAACAAACACUUGGAGUCGGCGUGUCUGCCAGUUUCUUCGACCGCCGGCCAGUGUUCGGUCACACCGCCACCCCCUCCACCAGCCGUGCAUCAUCACCACCAUGUGGCCGCCGCUUCAUCGGAAAUCACCAACCUCAACUUACUGCGUCCUACGGUACUACACACAGUCUAAACAUAUCCUCGUCCGUUUCCAUCGAAUAUUUAUCGUUUUCAGUUAAUCAUGUGUACUUAAUUGUAGUUAUCUUUUUAUACAACUAUUCUGGUCAAAUAUUAAUAGUCAAUUUCAAAACUAUGUCUUUAAUGGAACUAAUUGAUUAAUUUUAAAAUAGUCUAUUAUUAAUUUAAGGUAAUAACAUGACAUAUUGAUUGUAAUCGCAAACAUACACAGUCGAACAAUUACUACGGACACUAGUCACAUUUUCUAGUCAAUUCAGAAUAAAAAAAAAAAACAAUUCAAACGCAUGGUAUUAGGUUAUUAGUGAAUACAAGAUGUAACGAUAAUACAAUGUUUUAUCUGCGAAUGGGUGUGCAAUAUGCGUGUGCAUCGUUCGGGCACGCUAAAAAAGUCUGAUGCCGUUUUAUUAAUUUAAAUGACAUUUUUAUUUUUUGUAUUUAUAUUACAUAAAUUUAGACUGGUUUAUUUUUUAAUAAAAAUUAUUACUAUUAUUCUUUUCUCCAUAUUAUAUUAUUAUUAGCGUCAUUAGACAAUUAUUAUAUUUUGCAUGAAAUCAAGUGUUUUAUUUUUGAACGUCAAAGGAAUAAUUAUUUUUAUUAGUUUUGUCGGGAAAAUAUAACGUGCGGUUGGUUCCUAUGUGAUUUAACUUUGGUCUGUCCUUCGUAGCCAACACUAUUAUGACGUGUUCACGCCGACGAUUAAUUCACAUUGUUGUGUAGGUUGCAUUUUAUUUUUUAUUUUCAUAUUCGAAUGCAAUACAAUUUUCCUUUACUGAGAAAAUGUAUACUUCAGAGUGUGCGGUCUAGUCACUUGUUUAGGUUUAGUUGAUUAAUAAUUAUAUACCGAUAGUUAGUAAUGGUAUUUAAUGAGAGAUCUCAAAACAUAGAAGAAAAAAAAAUGGUCAAAUCAUUUUUCUUUUGUAAAUAAUAAUAUUUGAAAUUACAAAAAUUAAAUUAUAUUUAUAGAUAAACUAAAUGACAAAGAUGUAAAACAUAUAUAAAUGAGCCGGUGAAGUAUUUUGUAGUGAAUUGGAUCCUUUGAUGUCUAGACAUAUUUGACUUAUUAUUUUAAUUAGACGGAAGUGAUUAGAGUACAAAAACUGAAACACCAAAAAACAUUUAAUUUUUUUUUUUUUUAGCGUAAAAGUAAAAAUAAUUUAUUAAUAAGACAUAGUAAAAAAAAAGUAAUAAUAAAAAAAAUAAUAACACGUAUAAUAAAAUGUAAUAAUUUUUUUUGUCUGCUCAAUGGUAAAUUAUUUAUAUUGAAUAUUUUAAUAAUUGAUAUAGACAACGUUGUUUGUUUAAAUUUUAUGACUUAAAAUUGUCACUAGACUUAUAUUUGUCCCGUUUUCAUUAUUAUUACAAUAAUUAUUUUAAUGAAGAAAUUUAUAAAUAAUAUUUUAAGUACGUAUUCGACAAGCAAUAAACUUGUAGGGGGUACAACGGGGGCCAAAAUAUGUCAAACGGUUCCCGUGUGUCUCUGGUAGAGAGCGUAGAGCAAUAAUAAUGUACUUGUGAAAUCUAUAGCAAUACUUUAUUGUGUAUAUUUUAAUUUUUUUUUUAUGUUAUAGAUGUUUAGAAUAAAUUUAUAUAGCUCAAUGUGUACCUAUUAUAACGUAGAUAGCGUUGAUGUUAAUAAGUAAAUUAUUUUGAUUUUAUUGUAAAUAAUUUUUAUUAAACCUAAAAAAAAUUUAAUUGGGGUUAGACGCGCGCUGGCCGUUAUUUUUAUUAUUAUUAUUUUUUUUAAUUAAUUAAAUGUUGAAAGAAAAACACAUAGUGGCCUUGAAGAAUUUGACGUUUCUUAGAUUUAAAAUAACCUAUACACAUUAAAAUGUAACAUGUGUACGGAUAAAUGUAUGUAAGAGAAACAAAUACCGUAUUUGUAUUAUUAAAUACUUAUGUAAUAAUUGGCGCUAUACAAUAUCGUGGCCGUCAUAUUAUAUUUUAUUUGUUUGAUUACAUAAUGUUUUUUACGUGGAGUCAGACGUACGCAUAUUAUAUACUUAGUGUAUACUAUCAUAAAAGAAAAACUGUUAAAUUCUCACCGUUAAAUAGCUUUAAACAUUUUGUAAGAUCAAAAACGCAGUAGUUUUGCUCAAUAUUAAUAAAUAUGUAGUGUUUUAAUAAAAAAGUAUUAUUAUUAUUAAGUGAAAAUAUUUAUCAUCAUAUUGAAGUAAUACAUUGUAAUAGAUGUAAUUGUCAGAUUAUUAUUAUUUUAUAUUUAAAUAGCAGUUAAUAGCGCGAAGAUCGUGUGUUUUCUGAUUUUGUAGCGUUGGAAUAAUAUUAAUAAUAAUGAUUAUUACUAUUAUUAUUAUUAUUAUUAUUAUUAUUGUAUAUUUUCAUAAAUAAAAAUUAUUACAUAGUUUUAAA